CGGAUCCGAGUAAUUCACAUCUCUGUUUUAGACCUCUACCAAUUCUUUUCCUCCUCCUCCCACCAUUUCCCUAGCUGAGAGGCUCUCUGAUUCCGACUAGUGCUUCAUGAUUGUCAGCCGCUCAUAGACCGUAUCGAAUCAGCUCCGACCAGCUCAAGAAUGCCGAUUCGCCCUUUAGACGAUUGGGUCUCUGGCAUCUCUGCCCGCACCUCGUCGCUUCCCCUCUCCGCACUUAAAGGGGCUGUCGUCGGCAUUGAUGCGUCGCACUACAUCUCCCAGCAUCUCCUCCACCCCUCUACCCGCGAACCGCUUCUCAUCGCCCUGGGAGGUUUUCCCUUCGCUCUGAGAAGCAACAUCGAGAAGGAGCUGCAGGUUUUCAAAGACUUGGGCGUGGGUUGUGUCUUUGUCUUCAAUGGUUUGGAUUUUGGGAAGAAGAACCAGCGGCCUCAAGCGCACCAUGAGACUGUGAGGGCGUUUGAGCAUGCUUGGGAGUUGUAUGAUCAGCAACAGGCGGACCAGGUUGUGGAUGCGUUUAGCAGUGUCGGUACUCCUCGGCCUGAGUCUCUCUAUCGAUUCUUGCAACGCAUUCUCGUUCAGAAUGGCAUCGACUACAUGGUAGCGCCAUAUAGUGCCGCCGCCCAGCUCGCCCAUCUCAGCACCGGCCCCAGUCCGGUCGUUGACGCCAUCUGGGGCCCAUCGGAAGUGCUACUGUUUGACGUCGAGAAGCUCAUCACCCGGAUCGAAAUCGACCCUGCGCAGUUUUUCUGGAUCACUAAACAGACAUGUCAAGAGGAGCUUGGCAGGCUAACGGAUGAGCAAUUUCUCGACUUCGCGCUUCUUCUCGGCUCCUCUUUCCUUCAGACGUUCCCAUUGUUCGAGAACCCCGCGUUCCCUGGAAAAGCUGCUUCUGUUCGCGAUGCUCUGCCUAUGUUCAAUGCUGCUGGACGAAGCGCUCUCGCCCUAUGUGUACAAUACGAAGAAGAGCGCCGUAUGCAGGAUCUCCAGUAUACGGACCGCUAUAAACGCGCCUACAUGAAUGUCAAGCACCACGUCAUUAUGGACAUGGAGGGAAGGGUUGGUGUUAUGGAUGCCGAAAAUGCCCCCACUGACAUGCACGAGGUGAUCGGUCAGCGUCUUCCGGAGGAACUAUACUUUUAUCUCUCGAAAGGAAUGCUCGGCCCUGAUGUGCCAAACUAUUUGACCUCCGGGGAAGUUCUUAUUUCGUUGCCUCUUGGCGUUGAAGACUCGAAGAUAUACCGAAAGGUUGCGGGCGAGAUCCUUGCUCCACUCAGAGAACAGGCUAUGUUUUUGCUGUCAAAUCACCUCCACCGAUUCUACCAGACUAAGACAAUCCGCGUUCGGACUUGGUAUAACGAAAAUGCCGACUCUACUAUCACUCUCAGAACGCCCCCUCCAGUAAUACCGUCCAUCCGAUCCUGGAAAGUUUCAGGUGACCGAUACACAGAGGGAGUCAAGAAGUUGCAGGGAUCAUCUGGACCAUUCAGAUUCGCUGUUCAAAGUUUGAAGGACUCGGAAUUUACGCCGAAGACAUUUGCUUCAAAGGAUACUCCGCCUCUUUCAUCGAAGGAUGAGGUUAUUGCCAAUGUUUAUUGGCAAUUCCUGCAACUCCGCGGUUACAUCAAUGAAAAGCACCAGCUUACACCUUGGGGCGAAUGCCUAGAGCAAGCCCUCUCAGUUCUCGAUCCCGAAGAUUCAUUGGAAGAAGCUACUUUUGUGGCUAUUGAGUUACUUCGGUUCGGAAUUCUGAACGCAACGCAAUGGUUCUCACAAGUAUCUGGAGGGCCAAUGAGAGGAUCCGAUGAGGACAAGUCUUUCAACAUGUUGAUUUCCCGCGUUGCCUGUAUUGGCAAACUGCGGCACAAGAACAUCGGCUACUCUGGACCUCUUAGCAGACAGUUACUCUCUUACCGGUCUCUUAUCAACGAAGUCCGUGCGACACUGCGCAACCUCAUUGAAAUCACACUUGCCAGCCUUUUCCUCAGCGGCGACGCAAAUCGCGACCGUGAUGACUGGACUGAACUAGGUGUCAGCCUUCCGUUCAUUGACGACAACGACUGCGGCCUCGGGAUUGCCGUCCGGACAUACCUUGACGACCUGCCACUGCAAGCCGAACCGACCUCACAAGAGGCACGCGAAGAGGUAAAAGCCAAGGGCAAGGAGUGGUUCCAGCAUAGCGAUAGUUUUACACAUAAUCUUGAGAGGGCAUUCAAACUAUGGGAUGCGGUCUACAAGGGCUCCCAGAAUGCGGGGAAGGAGUUCAAGGACGCAAAGAUCUGGGCUGAUGCCGACAAGUGGUUGUCUGACAGACGGUGAUUUAUAGCAAUAUGAUGAACUAUGGCCACACACGCCUAGGAUUUCGUCGUGUCGACGGCUACGUUCUCGACAAUAUACUUGAUAUACCUUUAAUGCUGUUUCCGUAG